AUGCUUCAUGUCUUUGGCUCCACGAAUGCCCGGGGUACCGGCAGUGGAGGUACUCGGUUCGUGCUUUGCUUCUUCCGUGGCAUGGCAUGCGCUGCGCCGCGUGCGGCCGACCUUGAAACUCGAACUAACAAUCUUCAUUGCUCAAAUCGACUCGACCCUGGCAAUAGAGGUGGUCAGGGCGACUUCAAGUGGUCUGACGUAGCAGCAGUAAGUACCGCGUCGCUCGCUACUACUUCACGCCCUUGCCCGAUUCACCAACCCACGAGACCUCAUUUGUUCGCCCGACAUUAGGACAAGGAUCGGGAACAUUACCUCGGACACUCGAUCCUCGCCCCCGUUGGUAGAUGGCAGAACGGCCGCGACCUAACGUGGUACAACAAGGACAAGGACCAGACCCAGGCCGAGAUUGAGCGACAACGUCGUCGCGAAUUGCGCAAGAUCAAGGAGGCCGAAGAGGAUGCCCUCGCUCUCGCCUUGUGAGUGCGAACGUGCAUCUUUGUACCGUAAGAACGCGCCUCCGAGAUCUAACCCUUGGUCUCCCUAUGCGCUUGCGAUGCCGAGUUAGAGGGUACGCCCCUGCGGUGCGCAAACCUUCGCCCCCGUUCGGUCAAUCGCCUUCACCUCCUCGGGACGACAGCGUCGACCCGCACGAGAAGGCUCUCGCGAAAGAAGCAAGAAACAGGGAAAAGGAGCGGAAAAGAUUGGAGAAAGAAGCCCGCCGCGCCGAACGCGCCAUCAAGAGGGAGGAGAGGAGCCGCCACGAACCGUCUUCCCAUGACCGGCAUCGACAUUCUUCGCAUGCCCAGCAUCAGCGGCCCCGCGAGAGCUCGCCGCGACACAGGAGCACCAAUGCACCCUCGCCUCGGAGUCGACAUCGCCUGGAGGAGGAGGCCCGUUACAGCAACAACGACUCGCGUCGGCGACCCGAUAGUGGCCAACAGGGUAGUGACAGGAACGAACCCGAUCGCCGUGCCAGGCUAGCUUAUACCGAAGACCAACGAUCAAACUACCGGACACACGCUUUUGAGGAACCAGAUCGAAGACAUCGUUCCAAUGAGCGGGAUGUUGGUCGUCAUUAUGCGCACGAUGGGCCUUCUUCACGGCAACGAAGCCGUUCUCCAGUCCGAUCCCGGUCGUAA